GCGAGAUUGAGCAAUGGCGAAGUCAAAUUUGCGGAAGAAGUGAUGUUCUUCAUCAUGACUGGGACUGAAAACUACAGACAUUAGAGACAAACAGAAAUGAGAAAUACCUGAAUGCUCGCAGAUGCCAAGCUCAGAGAGGCAAAGAAACAAGCCCUUGGGCAUUUAAAGGCGAGUUGUCAAUGUAACUAAGUCCAGACGAGACCAGCCAGGUUGUGUAUGCUGGCAUGAUGAAAUCCAAUGAGAUAGAGCGAGAGUACAGCAGGAGCACAAGUGCCAAAGGCUACAUGAGCUCAGGCUGGCAGAGGAGCAUGUGUCCAGUGGCAUUGGCUCAAUGCUGAAGGACCUGGAGGACCACAGCAUGAUUGCUGUCAUGGCAGAUAGGCUGGCUUCUGCAGAGAGCUGCACCACUGGUGCCACAGAAAACACCUGUAACAUGCUUCUCAGGAAGACAAUGCUGAGCAAGAAACUCAUCUCAGAUGACAUACAGGAUUCUCUUGCAUUAUUAAAAUUAUUCCAUAUGGUUCCAGUUAUCAGUGGUGUUCAGAACAAAAACAUUUUCAUGAGGUACCACAAAGCACACUUGACCCUUAAGAUGAUUCUGGACAUCCCUGCUGACAGUAACAUAGAGGAGGUCAUGGUUGAAUCUCUGAGGGAGGUCAGCAUGCCUGCUGAUUACAAUAGCAAGCUGGCUAGGAUGCGGUCUUUGAAAAAUGUACACAAAAAAUUACCUGCCAAUUCAGUCAAAAUAAUGAUCCUGAAUGCAGGAGCAUGGUCCCAGAGCUCAGAGAAGGUCUUUGUGUCUGUACGAAAUGAGCUGGAAGAUUUCAUCUCAGAAAUGGUGGAUUUCUCCACAGUGAAGAACCACUGUGGCAGGAAACUACAAGGGCAUCACCUCAUCUCCAAUGACAUAGUGGCCUGGCAGAGUACUUUAGAAAUUACUAGAUUCAAAUUAGCCAUGGUGUUAGCCUGGAAUCAAGGACCCAGAGAGAGGACCAUUUUGGAGAAGCUGAAACUUGCCCCAGAGCUGCCAAACACAGAGUUAUGGUGGACACUCUGGUCCCUUGUAGCCUUUCUUAAGCUGAAGCGUUAGGUAAUCCUGAGUCGUGGCUGUUCUCCUAAAGACUUUACAGAGGGAACACUUUUUUAUGUCAACCAGGAGUUCUUAUUAAUUAAAAACCGAAAGGUCAAACAAAGAGGGGAGAUCAACCUGAUUGGCCACCUAAAAUUCACUAUGAGGAAGGAAAAGAAUGAUGCCAUCAUCCAGUACUGGAUACUAAUCACACGGGAGGUCAUUAUUCAGAUCAAGAAGAUGAGGAAGAGGAUUACAAAUGCCCAAUUGCAGAGAGAGCUGGUGGAGAUCCUGGAGAAUAUGUUUCCUCCCCAGAUGAAGAUGAUCAAGGAGCAGAGGGAGUGGCUGAUGGAACACAAAUACAUCAAGUGAAGUAAGACAGACAUUAACACAUUAAUGUACAUGGCAUAG